AUGAGGAGUUUGAGAUAUGAGAGUAGGGAAUCCACCUCUCCCCUCCUCCGCCUCUUCCCCCCCUCCGCCUCUUCCCCCCCUCCGCCUCCCCCCCCCCUCUGCCUCUCACCCCAUCCGCCUCUUCCCCUUCUCCGCCUCUCCCCCCCUCCGCCUCUCCCCCCAUCCGCCUCUCCCCCCCUCCGCCUCCCCCCCCUCCACCUCUCCGCCCCUCCGCCUCUCUGCCUCUCCGUCUCUCCGCCUACCACUCACCCGUCCUCCCAAUGCAAGUAA